AAUGACUAAAAAGAUGCCCUCAUUGCUUAGUUAUCAACUAUUUAAACUUAAUACUCCAUGAGAAAUAAAAUUUCUAUCCAUUAAUUUACAUAAUUAGCCAGCAAAAUCAAGCAAAUUACAGAUUCCCCACCACCUCCUUCCCUCCUGCCUUCCAGCUCCAGCUCCCUCCCUGUCCCAAACAAAUCAAAUCCACUUGCUAGCUAACUAUAAUCAGAACCCUAAAAACCCAAACUUUAGUUUUAAUCCGCAAUUAACCCUUUAAAACACAAAGAGCCCAUAUCUUCUUUCUUGGGUUUUCUGCCACUACUCUCUUGUUUGGUCUAUUCACUGCUGUUACCUCUGUAUCAUCACAGCUGUGAUAGAAAGCUUCUUCAAUGGCUAAAAACAACAAGUCAAGACCAAUAAAACCAAGCAAAUUAAGUGUUUAUCUUUACAUUCCUAAUAUUAUUGGGUAUACAAGAGUGCUCAUGAAUUGCUAUGCAUUUGCUAUAUGUUUUUCUAACAAAUGGCUAUUUUGUGCUCUUUAUUUUAUCAGCUUUGUUUGUGAUGGUAUCGAUGGUUGGGCUGCUCGCAAAUUCAAUCAAGUUUCGACUUUUGGAGCUGUUUUGGACAUGGUAACGGACAGGAUUAGCACAGCUUGCCUGCUAGUAAUCCUUUCCCAAGUAUACAGGCCUGGCAUGGUUUUUCUGUCAUUGCUUGCCCUUGAUAUUGGUAGCCACUGGCUGCAGAUGUACAGUACCUUCUUGCUAGGCAAAGCUAGCCACAAGGAUGUGAAAGAUAGUACUAAUUGGCUUUUCAAGGCUUACUAUGGAAAUCGUAUGUUUAUGGCUUAUUGUUGCGUGGCAUGUGAGGUUCUUUAUAUUUCCCUGUUUCUUCUUGCACAAAAUGAAACUGAAAAAAAGUUGAUGGAUGUUUUAAAGGCUUCUAUAACAGAGGGUUCACUCGUCUCUGUCCUGGUUGUUUUAAGUUUGUUUGGAUGGGCAAUCAAGCAACUUGUGAAUAUCAUCCAGAUGAAAACUGCUUCGGAUGUUUGUGUGCUUCAUGAUAUCAACAAAAAGGAGAGGCCAUGAUGAUUUUUUCAGUUUGUAUAAUUCCAGGGCCUUAGCUGCAUCAGACUUGAUAACGUACAGUCUGUUAGUCUUCAUUUCUAUUGUUGAAACUUGAAAGUGCCGAAUUUCAAUUGAUGUUGCAACGUGAAAAGCUUAUACUUAUAUAACAGGCCAUGAAUUUAAAACA